UUUAGUUUCAUAGCAUUUCUUGUUAUUUUUCCUUUACAGUAUAACGGACUUGUGGGCCCAGAGUUUUACUCACCGUUCACCAUCAAAGCGCCACGUUUUCCGCCGAACGCCGUUAUUGGUCUCAGUAGGCCACUGCAGCGAGGUCUCCGUCCACCACAAGUUCAUUAUGUAUUUAUAAAGUACGGUAGUCCACGGAUUUUUGCCGCCUAUAGAAAGGAUGGGUACCAUCGAAUGAGCAACGCUUUGGAGUUUUUAUGUUACUAA